UGAAAAAAAUAAAAAUAAUUACCCGCGUUCAAGCCAGUUCCACCAUUCCGCUCUACGGACAUUACGUUUGAUGUGUUUUCAUCUUUUUAAGAUGAAACAGUUUAACGAAACAGCACGCAGUCGCUCCAUAUACUUUGAGAGCAUGUGAUAUUUCCUCUACAUUGAUAUCUCGCUUGUGUGCGCACUGCUGAGCCUCGAACAGUUGAUGAAACUGAAGUAGUAUAUUAUAUUCCAGCCCGCCUGUAAUUCAUUAACAUCAGAGCACAAUGGCGAAAAGAAGAAAUGUGUCUAAAAUAGUGGUGGCAUGUGAGUGGGCAUCUUGCACUUUCAAGAGUCAAAGCAUGGAGGAGUUGAGCGACCACAUGUCUCUGCAUCUCAAGGAGCAUCUUGGGGAUGGAGAUGCCAUGGAAGAACUGGAGGAUUAUCCAUGUCUGUGGAGGGGCUGUGAGUUCCUGGCAAUGGAAAGCCAAAGUGAGCUUGUUGCUCAUGCACAUUUCCAUAUCUUCCACAGCAAGCUGAAAUACAUUGGGACUCAACUUCUCGAAUCCCAGCCUGAACUGCCUAGUUGCACUCAGGAUCUUCAUAGUAACAACCUAGUACCAGAUGUCACAGAGGGAUUUGUCUGCCAAUGGGAGCACUGUGAUAGUCCAUUUAAUAAUCCGGAGUGGUUCUACCGUCAUGUUGACAUGCAUGCGCACUGCACUGAGCUUCAGCUGCUUCCUGAUCGACAGCAGGCUCUAUUCUGCAGCUGGUCAGGAUGUGAUGCAUUCUUCAAGAUCAAGUACCGGCUACGUGAACAUCUGCGCAGUCAUACGCAAGAGCGGCUGGUGGCUUGCCCCACCUGCGGCUGUAUGUUCUCCAGCAAUACCAAGUUCUUUGAUCAUAUCCAGAGACAAGCAGAGCCAGAAGAUUCUCUCACAUGUGGGCAUUGUGACAAGUCCUUUGCCAACGAGAGGCUGUUGCGAGAUCAUAUUCGCCAACAUGUGAAUCACAUGAAGUGUCCUCUCUGUGACAUGACGUGCCCGUCCCUUUCCACUUUAAAGAUCCACAUCAAAUUCCGUCACUGCGAUGAGAGGCCCUUCCCAUGUGACUUCUGUGAGAGCAGCUUCAAGAACCAGCAUGAUCUGCAGAGACACAUGGAAACCCACAAUGAGGGAGCAGCUUACUACUGCACAGUUGAAGGAUGUGGAUACUCUUCACGUAUGGCCCACACCAUGAACCAGCAUUACAAGCGAGUACAUGAGGAUAACAUGGUUUCGGGGUAUAAGUGUCAUCUUUGUGACAAGACCUUCUCUUGGUGUUACACUCUUACCCUCCACCUUCGAAAGAAGCAUCAACUAAAAUGGCCAUCUGGACACUCCCGUUUUAGGUACAAGAAGGAUGAAGACGGAUACCUGCGACUCAACAUGGUGCGCUUUGAGACUGUGGAGGUGACGGAAGAGUUGAUAAAGAACAUGGCUGAAAAACGCACCCCUCGCAAAGUCUCCGGUUCAGCUGGUCACUCCAAGGAGCCCUCGCUGUGUCCCGACAGCGGCAACAGCACUCCCCAACACUCUUCCUCCCCCUCCUCACCUUCUUCAUCCUCUUCGACCUCAGAGCUAUUGGAGGGGGCUGACAGCAGUGCAUUUAAUGGGGAUGAAACCUCUGUGUAUUGUGUGCUGAACAAUGUGACUGAGGUGAAUGGGGAGCCAGAAGAAAUGGGACAGCACGGUGGGCCGUCAGGGGCUGUUAGAGCUCUGGCUGCAGUGGCUAGAGGUUUAGGAAUGGAUGUGGUGUAAAGUUAACCCACGUCACCAUAGAUAACCAUUUAAUACAGUGCAGGCACACCUUUUUUAUCACGUAAUGUGGGGAACCCCUAAAAAGGGACAUAAUGUGUAAGUAAACACUUGAAAUCCAGGGUUCCUCUGUUUUUAUUAGAUAAUAUUAUAAUGGUUUUAUAAAUAUGCACAGUUCGGAGGAUGAUGCAUGGCAUUGUCUUUUGUUUGAGGUUUUAGUUGAGUUUUUAUUAUCUCAGGUGUCUAAUACGGAUUUACGUGAAAAUGUUUUGUCUGAAAAACUACUCCAGAUAGUGCUCUGCUUUAUAAGCUUAAAGUGGGAAGUUAAUGAGUUUACAGUGAUGUUUUAUCUCUUUUAAAAACAUGUACUUUGCUUUUAGUUUGCUUUAAAAACAAAACAUUUUCUGGAACAAUAGGAUGAGUUUUUGAGAGUAAAUAGCUAACAGAUCUAAUUGAUAACAAUAAGGUUAUAAUAAAGUUAUAUACAUGAACAUAUUAACAUGUGUUGUAUAUUUUAGUUGCAACUCAAUGGUUAACAUGAACUAAAAAUGAGCAAUGCUUUUAAAGCAUUUUUUUCAUGGUAAUUUCUACAUGUACUAAUACUAAUCUUCUUAACAUUAGAUAUGUUAUUGCAUUAGUUAUGCAUUAUGAAGUGUGUGAGAGAGAGAGAGAGAGAGUUGGUUUUUGUAGUUCGAGGACAUAUAUUUUUGAGGUUACAAACUAGUAAUUACGAGGGUAUUAUACUAUAAAUGUGGUUUAUGAGGACACCCCUGCUGUCCCUGGCUUAAAAAAAAAACAUACUAAACAAUGCUUUUUUUUAUUUGAAAAUGUAAAAAUGCCAAAAGGUUUCUAUGAGGGUUAGGUUUAGAGGUAUGUGUAGGGUUAGGUGAUAGAAUAUAUAGUUUGUACAGUGUAAAAAUCAUGUCUAUGGAGAGUCCUCGUAAUGAUAGGAGUACCAACGUGUGUUUGUUAACAUUAAUCAGUAUUAAUAAAUGCUGUAAAAAGUAAUGAUCAUGUUAACAAAUGGAACCUUAUUGUAGUGUUACCGAUUCUAUUUGCUAACAUUAGUAAAUGCAUUCAGUGAACUAACAAUGAAUAAUGUAUUUUUACAGUAUUUAUCUUGGUUAGUUAAUUUAUGAUUAAUUAUUAUUAUUUUUUCAUUAUUAGGUCAUGUUAGUUCCUAAACCAUUAACUAAUGCUACUAUAUGCAACUUUUAAUUUGUAAAAUUAAUAUAUGUUGAAAUUAACAUUUACCAAGACUAAGUGCUGUAAAAGUAUUGUUCAUUGUUUAACUAUUGUUGCUAUAACUAUAUAUAUAUAUAUAUAUAUAUAAAAACUAUAUAUUAACAAAUACAACCUUAUUGUAAAGUGUUACCAUCUAAUUUAUUUGUUUUAUUGAGCAUAAUGUGCUGUAAUACUGUUCCAUUAUUAAAAUCGUCAUGCUGUAUCUAUAAAAGUUUGAACCUUUAUAGAUUACUUUAACACCAUUAU